GAUCAAUUAGGGGCCCGUCUCUUACGACACUACUAAACUGAACAGCCGUUCAACUGAAAAAUAAAUCUCUCCGGAAAAUCUCUCAUUCAAAGUAAAAAGCCACCGCCGGUGUAGAUAAACCCUAAUUGAUGGCUCAUCCGCCGUACGACCCCUACUACCUCCACCACCAACAACCACCGCCACAACUAGACGAUAAAAGCAACCGAGAAGGCAUCAAAACGCUUUUCGUUUCCGGCCUCCCCGACGAUAUCAAGGCCCGCGAGAUUCACAACCUCUUCCGGAGAAGACCUGGCUUCGAAUUUUGCCAGCUCAAGUACACCGGACGUGGCAACCAGGUCGUCGCCUUUGCUACCUUUGUCAAUCACCAAUCAGCAAUGGAAGCGCUUCUUUCAUUGAAUGGUGUUAAAUUUGAUCCCCAAUCUGGAUAUAUUUUGCAUAUUGAAUUGGCCAGAUCAAACUCAAGGAGGAAACGUAAACCAGGUAGCGGAGUUUAUGUUGUCAUAGAUAAUAGAAGUAAAGGAGGGGAUAAUAACCGAGAAACAUCUAGUAAUGAUGGAGACAGUGAUUCUGAUGAACCAUCUGAUGCCGAAAAUCAUGACUCAGGCAAUAAGGGUGAUUUAGUGGCUUCAAAAAGCGGGGAGACAGUACAUGCUUCUGAUAAUGCAGUAGCUGCUUCACAUCAGCAAUCAGAAAAUACUGUUGAAGGGGGUCAAUGUUCCACUCUGUUCAUUGCAAAUCUAGGUCCAAAUUGUACUGAAGAUGAAUUGAAGAAUGUUUUGUCCAAGUAUCCUGGAUUCAAUAUGCUCAAAUUGCGUGCCAGAGGUGGAAUGCCGGUAGCAUUUGCUGAUUUUCAGGAAAUUGAACAAGCAAACAAGGCCAUGGAGGAACUUCACGGCAGCUCUUUGCCAUCAUCAGACCGAGGCGGCAUGCACAUAGAACAUGCAAGGUCUAAAAUGAGAAAGAAGUAGAAGAAAGCCGACUGAUCAACCUGUUUCCUGCCCUACUCUGUAAAAGCUAAUCAUAAUUAGAGCCAGCCACUGGUUGAUGUUGAAUGCUUUCAUGAAGAUAUCUUUCUAUAUAGUGACUUCUUAACAAUGGACAUUCUGAUUAUUUAUGCACAUAAAACAUUUUAUUUC